UCGACCGCGGCUUCGGCGACCGGCGCGGCGGCUCCACCUGGAACAACAACCGGGGCGGCGGCCGCUGGGGCGACCGUGAGGACGACCUGCAGCGUAACGACCGCUGGAAGGAGCCGGCCGUCAGCGACGCCGACUGGACCACGCCGCUGCCGCGCGACUCGCGCCUAGAGGAGGAGCUCUUCCAGCAGGCGAGCACCGGCAUCAACUUCGACAAGUACGACGACAUCCCGGUGGACGCCACCGGCAACGAUGUGCCCGACUGCAUCAAGUCGUUCAGCGAGCUGGAGCUCACGCCGAUUAUCGUCGAGAACAUCGCGCUGACCAAGUACACGACGCCGACGCCGGUGCAGAAGUACUCGUUCCCGAUCAUCCUCAAGUCGCGGGACUUGAUGGCAUGCGCGCAGACCGGCUCCGGCAAGACAGCCGCCUUCCUCGUGCCGGUGCUCAACCAGAUCUUCUUGAGUGGGCCGCAGAUGGUCAGCCAGGACCCUAAGCGUCCGAUGGGCGGGCGCAGGAAGCAGUUCCCGCUGGCGCUGGUGCUGGCGCCCACCCGCGAGCUGGCCACGCAGAUCUACACGGAGGCGCGCAAGUUCUCGUACCGCUCGCACGUGCGGCCGUGCGUGGUGUACGGCGGCGCCGACGUGGGCAGCCAGAUGCGCGACCUGGAGCGCGGCUGCCACCUGCUGGUGGCCACGCCCGGCCGCCUGGUGGACAUGCUGGAGCGCGGCAAGGUCGGCCUCGACAACUGCCGCUACCUGGUGCUGGACGAGGCCGACAGGAUGCUGGACAUGGGCUUCGAGCCGCAGAUUCGUCGGAUCGUGGAGCAGGACACCAUGCCGCCCACCAAUGACCGGCACACCAUGAUGUUCUCGGCCACGUUCCCCAAGGAGAUCCAGCGUCUCGCCCAAGACUUCCUGCGCGACUACAUCUUCCUGGCGGUGGGCCGCGUCGGCUCCACCUCGGAGAACAUCACCCAGGAGAUCGUCUGGGUGGAGGACCAGCAGAAGAAGUCGUUCCUGCUCGACCUGCUGCAGGCCACGCAGGAGCGCGACCCCGAGAAGGUGACCGAGUCGCUGACGCUGGUGUUCGUCGAGACGAAGCGUGGCGCCGACAAUCUGGAAGACUUCCUCUACCGCAACAGCUACCCGGUCACGUCAAUCCACGGCGACCGCUCGCAGGGCGAGCGCGAGCUGGCGCUGAAGCACUUCCGCAGCGGCCGCUGCCCGAUCCUGGUGGCCACGGCGGUGGCCGCCCGUGGGCUGGACAUCCCGCACGUGAAGCACGUCAUCAACUUUGACCUGCCGUCGGACAUCGAGGAGUACGUGCACCGGAUCGGCCGCACCGGUCGCAUGGGCAACACGGGCCUGGCCACCAGCUUCUUCAACGACAACAACCGCGGUCUGGUGCGCGACCUGAUGGAGCUGCUGACCGAGACGAAGCAGGUGGUGCCCGACUGGCUGGAGAGCUUCUCGAUGGAGGUGCACAAGAUGGGCGGCGGCGGCGGCCGGCGCGGCGGCAAGCGCUUUGGCGGCGGCUUCGGCGGCCGCGACGUGCGCCAGCAGAACCGCAGUGGCGGCUACAGCAAGGGCAACCAGGGCUACGGCCAGGCCAAGAUGGGCGGCGGCGGCGGCGGCGCCUACCCCGCCUACGGCAUGCCGCAGAUGGGCGGCAUGUACGGCUACGCGCCGAUGCAGGUGGGCGGCUACGGCGGCACGUACGCGGCGGCGCCGCCGCACGGCGGCGGCGGCGCCAGCGACAGCUGGUGGAACGGCAACUAGCGGGCCGCCCGCCGCCGCGGCCGCCCGCCCCCGCUCUCCCCUGUCCGCCGCCUGAUUCUGUCUCUGUCGUAGUUCCCGUUGCAGCAGCUCCCGGCCGCCCCGCUGAGCCCGGCCUGGUGCGCCGCGGCCGCGCGGUCCGCCGGCCAGGCACUUGUGAUACGGUGGGCGCCGCGCCGCGCGCCGCUCCGGCGCGAGCGGCGCGCCCCGCCCCGCUCUGCCCUCGGAGCGCGCACCGAGGCCCGGGCCUCCUCUCUGUGCGUGUGCGUGUUUUACGGCGUUUUAAAGUUAUCAUUCCGCUGCGUAGGAAACUGAGUGUUUCGUUUGUUCUCCUGUGCGUUCGUGUGUUUAGAACAACAUUAUUACUCAGCAUUAUUCCCUUAAUCCGAGAGUUCACACUCGCGUAAGGCGCCAGGCGGCGUUUAGGUGUUUUCUUUCCACGUUCCCUGGCGGACGGCCGAUCCAUGGGAGCUGUUGCGUCGUAUAGAAGUAAAUAUGAUAAACUGUUGUAUUCUUUCCUGGGCCGAAAUUGUCAGCUAGCGUGCCCAAGCGGCGAGCCGAGUGGGUGUGGGGUGAGACGCGCCUGCACGCGCGUGGGACAGGACCGGUGCGCGAUGCGUGACCGAGCGGCCAGGUCGACACCGCCCCAGAUCUCUCCCGCACUGAGAGGGCGCCACUCGCGGUGCGCCAGCGCCAGAGAGAGCGGGCGAGUGAUCGAUCUGAGGGGGCGGCGGUGCCGGCCGCAGCGGGCUGGGCCGCCGCGCCGCGUCCGCCGCCGAGGCGGCGGCGCGGCGAGCACGGCCGCGCGGUUGCGCGACCGCUUAUUUAUUAGUAGCGUUACGGAGGGCCGCGCGAGACCGGGUCAGGUGUGUACUGUGCGUCUGUUCUCUGUCUGUUUCCUGCUCCGCCCGUCUCCCGGCGCCGGCGGUGGCGGCGUCCCGGUCCGGUCCGGUCCGGUCCGGUCUGGCCGGGCCCGGCCGCCGCGCGUCGGGCCACGCACAUGACACGCACGCAUUCUUCCACUGAUGCAGGGGUGCUGAGAGCGCGCUGGGGCCGGCGGUUUUGUUUCGGUACGGCGCCCGGUCGCGGCGGUUUCUGUUAUCCCGGUUCAGCGCGCGCGUCGGCCGCGCCGCGCGCCGGCGGGCUGGCCCGGUGGCCGCGCGGCGGCGCUAGUGUCGCUGAUCUCAGGGCAGACUCGGCAGGGCUCCCCGCCGAACCCGACGGCGGGUCGGCUGGGGCGGCGGGCCGGCCGUGCGGGCGCGACCCGCCGCCCCCCGGCGGCCCGGGUGGCGAGUGUUGCGCCGGUGUGCCUCACGGGAUGGGCUCUACUUAUGUACCGGUCCGGUUGUCUCAAACCAGUGACUUCUGAUCCAGUCUAGUCUCCAUGCGUGAUUGUGUGCGUGGCAAUAUCUUUUAGGGAACAGUACAAAUUGUGUCUGCGGGCCCGUCGGUCGCAAUUUGGUGCGUGAAUGUCUUAGGAUUUUCCAGAUAUCACCUUGAAGCUUGACCGGUUCUGGCGACCAGUUUGCUUCGUUUAUACUUUGUAGCCUCUAUCAGGGGGACCGUUAUACUAUGUAACCUCUGGCGGAGGGUACCUUACACGUUAUACACUUGACUUGCGCGCGUCCAAAAGUGACUGUGACCCAGCCGCUGGUCGCUUGCGCCGCCCGGAAGCCCGGUAACAAAUUGUGAACCUAUUUUUGCGCCCGAGCGUGCUGGGGCGCCGGCCGUGGGAGACUGUCGUUCUUGUGCGUGACCUUGCGUAACCUUUGGAAGUGGUGUACGGUGAUGACGGCGUCUGCGGUCGCGCACCGUACGGAGAGACAGACAGAGCAACAGCUGUUCACGCUCUCGCCCUGGGAGAGAUUUUGGGCCUGCGGGAGGCUCGACACACCAUUGAAAUACAAGGAAAGAAUAUGAACACA